GCGUGUGUGUGAGCGCGCAGCAGCCGGGCGUCGUGGUUUCGGUUGGCUGGGAGGAAGAGGAAUAACGAAUGUGGAGCCAAGAAGAAUUCCUCGUUGGCGAACGACUCUGGGGCGAGGAGCAACAAUAUCCACAGGAUUUCUGAAACGUUUUUACGGACUACACAUGUCUCCAUAGGGAACAUUUAGGGAAGUUUUCCCCUUCACGCCUUCCCGGGUCGGAUAAGAUCACUCCGUCUUCUGGCAGCUUGGUGACGCCCACAAAAGGAACGGACUGACUGUAACUCAUGGCUUACUUAUUGCUGGGACUUUCUCUGGUCUAUGAUUUAAGUGGCCUUUGAGCUUCCAGGUUGGUCCAGAAGGAUUAGGAAAGGUGAGUCCUUUCCUACCAAAAAAAAAAUGGGAGGAAGAAGCAACAGCAUUGUGGAGCUUGUCCAUCUCUCCUUCCUCUAACUGAACACCAGCAAUCUUGAUCCAGGAUGCCCUCUACCCUGCGACCCGUGCCCUCAUUUUUGGCCCUGAGACUACAGUGGGCUCCAUAAACAUGUAUAGAGACACAGGGAUGUGUGCCACCCCUCUCUCUCAACCUCUUCCUCCACCCCACCUCCGUCUACCCCUCCAUAAUGGCCACUCUUCCAUGGGCGAUCCAGCCCUGUCCCGUGUCUCCGUGCCUAAAAUGGGAGUUCGGGCUCGGAUUGCAGAGUGGCCUCCUCGCAGGGCACUUUCACGAGAAUCGCUCCUUGAAAAUGGCCAGGGCAGUCAUCCGGAUGACCUCAACAGUGAGGAUGGGCUUACACAUGGAAAUGUGACCAGGUUACCACAGGGAGGUACAAGAGACAGUGACUUCCUUGAAUCAAGUCAAACGAGGGCUCCAGGCACACCACCGACCUUUCGGACCUCUGGAUUUGCUCUACUCCGACAGCGCUCCAACAGUGAGAUUACAUUAAGUGAGCAAGAUGAAACAGAGGUCGAAGGCCGAAUGUUCCGGGAAUAUGGCAGUACAUCUUCCAUCAAUGUACAGGCUGUUUCUGAUCAAAGCUUCUUUGACAUGCUCAACCAGUUCCAAAAGGAGCGACCAGACCAACGUAGCACAGCCCCCGCCAAGCUUGAAGAGCUGCUUGGUGCUUCUUUAGAAGGACCCCCUUCACACGCCUUCUUGUCGACACCACGGCCCGAUGACCGCCCAGAAAAUCGUGUACGCAAAAAGAGUGGUGGCACGGAGUCGUCUCUUGGCACCUCCUCCUUAUUCCGCAAACUCCGCAGCUCCAGCCGGGGAGAAACAGAGACUCCAAGAGGUGACUCGGAUGACACACGACUCCCCGAAACAUUGUCUUCCAAACCCUGGGUAUGUGUGCGGAGUUUUGCCCACUUUGACGCUCAGAGCGUUCUGUUUGAUUUGCACGAUGCGGCAGCUCGUCGGAGUUACGCUGCCCAGCGGCGGAACACAGCCACCGGAGCUUCAGCUGCUUCUACAGCUGCUGUUUCUUUGGCAGUUUCUAGAGCUAUUGCUCUGGGGGGAGUGGAGCCCAGCUUCUCCAGCACUGAUGACCUCAGUGUCAGGGACCUAUCGGAAGGAUCAACCCCAGGACUGGAACAUUCAGAGCAGGGUGGUUCUGCUAGCAUUAACCCCAACUCUCAGCAACAGCUGUUGCUGUGCUGCCCGCACUUCAUCAAUGAGACCGGAAGCUACAGGGAACGUAAUGUCAGCUUCCUGAGCUCAUGGGCCGAGCGAGGAGAGGCUGGCAUUGUGGAGCCCCUGCUUCGUCCACGUUGCAGUAAUGCCAGUGUGUCCAAACUUGAAGUGCCACCAGAGGUUCAAGCCACCAGGUUGGAGAGACUGCAGCAACACUGCAUCGAGCACGUUGACCUGGGUGCCAGAUACUACCAUGAGCACUUCUAUGGGAAAGAGCACUGGAACUACUUUGGUAACGAUGAGAAGCUGGGGCCCGUGGCUCUUAGCAUUCGAAGAGAGAAACUGGAUGAUACCAAAGAUUUAAAGGACCAGUACCAGUACCGCAUCAUCUUUCGCACUAAUGAGCUGGUCACGCUACGAGGAGCGAUCCUGGAGGACUCCAUUCUGUCCACAGCAAAGCACGGAACGCUUCGUGGUUUGCCUUUAAAGGAGGUUCUGGAGUAUGUGCUGCCAGAACUCAGCGUGUCCUGUUUGCGAAUGGCCCUCAGCACACAAAAGGUCACGGAGCAGCUUCUUAAACUGGACGAGCAGGGGCUCAGUCAGAAACACAAAGUGGGCAUCCUACUGUGUCGAGCGGGACAGAGCACUGAGGAGGAGAUGUACAACAAUGAAGAGGCUACGCCAGCCUUCACCGCCUUCCUCGAGCUGCUGGGAGAAACUGUGUGUCUGAGGGGUUUCAACAAAUAUGCUGCCCAGCUAGACACCAAAACGGACUCAACUGGAACACACUCCCUGUAUACAACCUACCAGGACUACGAGAUCAUGUUUCACGUGUCCACCAUGCUUCCAUACAUGCCCAAUAAUCCUCAACAGCUCCUGAGGAAGAGGCACAUAGGAAAUGAUAUAGUCACGAUUAUAUUCCAGGAGCCGGGAGCCCUUCCCUUCACUCCACAGAAUAUUCGCUCUCACUUCCAGCACGUGUUCGUCAUUGUCCGUGUGCACAACCCUUGCUCUGACAACACCUGCUACAGUGUGGCAGUGACCCGCAUGAAGGACGUGCCUCCAUUUGGUCCGCCGCUACCUUCAAGUGGAUUGACGUUCCGUGACCCAGCUGCCUUCCGCGCUUUCCUGCUGGCCAAGAUCAUAAAUGCAGAGAACGCUGCGCACAAAUCAGAGAAGUUCCAUGCCAUGGCAACCCGCACACGCCAAGGAUACCUGCGGGACCUGGCGGAGAACUGCGUUUCCACUACGCCACUGGACACGGCUGGCAAGCUGAACAAUCUCAUCUCUCUGGCCUCCAAACGCAAGGAACGCAUCCGGGCACGCGAAGCUGCGGAAAUGGGUGCCUUAGGGGCGCUUGUUUGGCGUGUACUUGCGCAGGACUUCAGUGGCGGAGGCGCCGAGCUUCCUUGUGCUCUAGCCAUCUCCAACGAGUACAUUGUCCUGGCGGACUGCUCCACCAAAGAGGUGAUAUUUAACUGUUUCUGUGCUGAUGUGAUUGGUUGGACAGCAGAGAGACUUGCACUGAAGAUUUUCUAUGGUAGAGGAGACCACGUUGCCUUACGGGUACCAGAGGGCAGUGCACAAGAUAUCAGAGAGGUUGUGCAGAGACUUAAGGCAUUGACUAUAGGUUGUGAGACGGUUGAUAUGACGUUACGACGUAAUGGUUUGGGCCAGCUUGGUUUCCAUGUGCGUUUGGACGGAACUGUGUCCGAAGUGGAGGAAUACGGCUUCGCUUGGCAGGCAGGGCUCCGGCAGGGUAGCCGGUUGGUAGAAAUCUGCAAGGUGGCCGCUGUGACACUCUCCCACGAGCAGAUGAUCGACCUACUGCGGACUUCGGUCACCGUAAAAGUGGUCAUUAUUCCACCUUUUGAAGAGGGAAGGGCCCGCAGGGGCUGUACAGAGGAGUACAAGAUGAAGAUGAUGGAGCAGAAGGGAGAAGCGGAGCCAGUGGCUGCAGGUUAUCGUGCUGGGCAGCAAACCCAAGUGUGGCGCUGGGACAGCCCCCCUGGUACACACAGCUCUGCUCAGCGCUGGACCCCCAGCGGACCCCCACCAGUUCCCAGCCGUACACACAAAGCUCUGGUCCCCAUUCCAUACAGAGAGGCCCAACACAUCUCUUCAAAACGGCCUGUCAGUUACCCAGAGAACCAUUACAGUGUGUCUCCUCUUAGCGGGGACAGAGGGAUGCCAUACAGAAACCCCUCAGCUAGUUUCUCCAGUCCAGGCUCUGGGUUCAGCUCCGCUGCACUGGGGGUGCCGGGACUCAGCGGACCCUUUAUCCACUACAAAACCACUCGAGACGGGUUUGGGUCAGUCCAGCGGUCUCUCCAGCCGUUUGAUCCACACGUUACUGUCGAUGUCUCGAGUGGAGAAUCAUCAUCUGGCUUCACAAGCCAAGAAAGCACGAUGGAGCGCAACAAGUCAGAGCAACUGUGGCAUCUUCCUGCUUCAUCACGAGGCGUGACAGUGGGCUCAGCUCCGAGAAGACAGACUCGACAGGACGGUGCAGGGAAGGACUCUCCAAACCGCCACUCGAAGGGUGAGGCACACUAUUCCAGUCACUCCAGCAGUAACACGCUCUCCAGCAAUGCUUCCAGCAGUCACAGCGACGAGCGCUGGUUUGACAGCGUGGGAGGUGGGGUUUCCGGUGCCCUGAGUGACCCCUCAGACCCCGACCCUGACCCCAUGGGCAAGGGAGGGUCCAGUGACAGUGGCAUCGAUGCAUCUCUUUACACACCAAGUCCUAACACUAAAGGAGCCAAACCUAGCCGAAGCCUAGCAGGAACCCCACAUAAACCUCUGCAUGGCUCUGCGACAUACAGCGGCUUGCAGGAGCUGUCCGGAGCGGGAGGGUGGGCGGCAGGAGAGGGUCACCGCAGGGAGUCGUCACCCGUCAUUGCAUCAGCCAAUCAAAGCAAGAACUAUCGCACACGCACAUUCCCCCCUCCUGGAUCAGCUAACGUCGACAACUUCAAACCAAGGACCUGCUAUACCCCUCAAGGGUACAAGACCCCUGCUGUGGCCGAUAAACCCAGGCCUUUCAGAUCUUCAACGGUCACACCCACAUCAGGCUUUGGCCAGCUGUCAAGCUCCGCCCCCAAGUCAUUUAGUAAAAGCAAGAGUACAUGGCAACAGGAGGAGAACAGCACAGCACCCAGCACCACCUCCACUGACAGCAACGGCAACAAGCAGGUGGAUACGAACAGUAAGAAUGUGUUCGGACAGCCCCGGUUACGUGCCUCUCUGAGGGACCUGCGCUCACCACGCAGAUCGCACAAGAGCACUGUCGAGGACGACUUGAAAAAGCUCAUCAUCAUGGACAACCCUGCCGAGACACCAUCACGGGAUGCGUCUCCUCAUCGGACCUUGCAACGCACCUUCUCAGAUGAGAGUCUGUGCAGUGGACGGAGAGAUUCUAGUUAUGCAAGCACGCCUCUUUUUGAAGGACAAGUGCCGCCCAGUGACCUUCUCUUCACCUGCACGCUGCCUACUCGCCGCCACAACACCAAUCAUGGAGCCCUCAUUCCUAGUAAGAAAGUACCGUUGUCUGCAUCAGAAUUAUCUCUAACUGAGGUGAGGGAUAAGGUUCCUCCUCUCAGAAGACUGGACCCUGGACUCAUGCCGCUUCCUGACACUGCCUGUGGUCUAGAGUGGUCCAGCUUAGUUAAUGCGGCCAAAGCGUAUGAAGUGCAAAGAGCUGUUUCUUUAUUCUCAUUGUCUGAGUCUCAUGCGGGCGGCAGUGAGUUAAGACCGGUCAUCAGCCCGGUGCAUUUCCACACGCCACAGACUCCUCGCACCACUCCUACUUUCAGCAGUGAAGAGGUUCCUAAUGACCUGUCUGGGCGACUGUAUCAUCUGGAAGUCAUGCUGAAACAGCUGAACAGUGAUCUGGAAAAAGAGAAAAAGGACAAGGUAGUGUUGUUAGCAGAGAUGGCUAAUCUAAGGCAGAACAACCAGCGUCUGCAGGAGGAAUCGCACUCAGCCAGUGAACAGCUCCGCAAGUUCAGUAAAAUCCUAUCCUCCACCAUGCCCGAAAGGAAAUGACUGUUCCCUUUCAUUUGAGAGACGAUGAGAGGAGAUCUUCACGUACCUGCACUUUGCCUAAUAUGGCACGUUAAAUGCCAACAGCUAAUUUAAUUCCCAGUCUCUUAUCAUCCAGUACAUCCACCAUACUGUCAGCUUUAUGAAAGUGUGACGGAGGGAAACCGAAAGAGGUGACGUGGGUCUGCCUGAUGACUUGAGACUUCACAGCUUUAACUUAAAGCCGGUACAGAAGUACAAAUGUCUAUUUUUAAACAAACGAACGAGCUAUCUCCUCAUCUGAUCGAACUACUUUCGGAACUAUUUUCUCGUAGAUUUAUUUUUGAUACUCGGCGAGUCGACACUAAGCUUGAGAGACGCUAGACGUCAGAGAGGCCUAUUUACUGCACAGUCAGCUCAACAGCCAAAACAAAAAAAGCAACCGAAAAUCGACACUUGAGCCACGUGAGAGAUCCUACCUUUCCCAACACGUUGCGAGAAAUCACGGUACUGUAAUUGUGAGAAAAAGUACAGUGCCCUGGGAAAUAUUUCACUGUAAAGUGUAAUUCUACAUCGCAUAAUCAUGUGCAGGUACAUUAAAAGCUAUUGCAUUCAUAUUUAUAGUGGCAGUUGUUCAAACCAUCCUCAUCUCAGCUGAUUUAUCAUCCAACCGACUGAAAUUCUGCAAUAAUGAUCUUCGCUUCUCCAGAGAUGGAGAACCGCCACCACUACUAAAACUGUGAUGUAACACCCAAGUCUUUGAUCGUUUCCUCUGUGCGUGGACAGUGCCAUGUGACAGGAAAUGCCACUUGCUCUCUUAUGUAUGGUUUUGGCAUUGCACUGUGUGUAAACUUGGGCUGCUCUGUCAGAUUUCGACACUGUAUAUGCAUAUGCAAAGAAACCCUGGUCAGCGGUGUUCCAUACAGACUCUAUUUUUCUAUCUGUAUUUAGUUCAGGUUUAUCAGGUGAAACGACUGUUGGCAAUAGACGGCCGUUUUCAACUUCUAGAAAGAUCGCCGUGUUUACAUACUAAGACGAUCCGCGAAGUACUCGGUUAUGCGCUCUGGAAAAUCUUCAAGAGGAAGCGGAAUAACAGUCAGGCCGGCUCGAACAUGGUCUAUCAUGUACCCUGUGUUACUCUACAUGUCUGCCUUAAAGUGGUCAGCUGUGACCAGUGAUGUGACUCAUAUCAGCUCUCUCCAUCCCUUUAACCUGAUGUGACUGGAAAACGAAAUCUCCUCCUCUCUCAGGACCCGUAAGCUGCCCUCUCAAUGACCUGAUCUACUCGUCUCUGACCUGUCUAUCCACCUGAAAACAGAAGCACUGCAACAGUCGGUUGACUUAAUUGUAUUUGUCAUCAUAGCUAUAAGUGAAAAUAUAAUGUUUCUGCUCUGCUCAGAUACACAAAAACAACUAUAUACAGUACAUGCCUAUUACAGUAACGAGCAUCGUUUAUUUAUGGGGUGGGAGAUACAAGUAAGACCUGACAUCAUUCAUUGCAGUUGUUUAGUAGUGUUAUUGUACAUAUAGUGAUUUUAUACAGCUUUGAACAGCAGAUUGCAUAACAUGUUCUCCCCUCAACAAAUUAUGAGGAAAAAAGGAAUAGUCCACAUAAAAAUGUCAUUUAUUCCCCCUCAUGUUGUUCUAAUCCUGUAUGACUUUAUUUCUUCUAUGGAACAUAAAAGAAACUAUUUUGAAGAACGUUGGCAACUAAACAAUUUUGGUUUCUUCAAUGACUUCUAUUGUAUUCUUUUCAUUUCCACAGAAGAAAGCAAGUCAUACAGGUUUGGAAGAGCACGAGUAAAUGGGAAUAAAAGUACAUGGAAGCUUUUAUUUAUACAUCGUCAUUUUGGACUUGUAAAUCCAAAUGGUCAUAUUAUGAUAAGCUCAUUCGCCCCACUGUUUCAGAUUUACUUUUUAGUUGUUUAGUUCUGCAGAUUAAUUUAAAUAAAUGUGUACUGUUUUAUCAGAAUCUCAUCUCAUUGCUGUGACUACGAGAGGUUUUUCUUGUUUAUGAAGUGGGAGGUUUUGCUGACUCUUGGUGUCUCACUCAGUUCUGGGUUACUGGGUGUCAUAUCUACACCAUGGAUUGUCUUAUGAUUUCUGUUUGUAUGUUUGUGUGAAAGUUGGGUGGAGGUGUUUUUAUUGCGUUUUAGUUCUUUUUUAUUUUAAAAAGGUAAAUAUGAGAAAUAUACUUGUGAAAACAUCUGUGCAUCUGUGUUGCGCAUUCUUAAGUCACGUCAAAUUAUAUAGUCCAGCUGUAAUAUUUGAAGGUUUAUUUUUUAUGUGUAAUAUUUUGACUAUUUAUUUUGAUUUUUUUUUUCUUGUUCUUUUUUUAUACAGAAAGUCAAAUUCACAGUGAAAAUUACAAGGCCUACAGAUUUAGUAACAUUAUUGGAGGGUACUGAGUUGAUGUAUUUUUUAUUUUGUACUUUAUAUUUUGUUUGAUUCAUAUUUUGUACAAAGCUGAUUUUAUCCUUUUCUUUUUGAAGAAACGUCAUUGUAAUUCAUCUUUUUGUCUCUGUUUCCAUUCGCUUCAUGCAUGAAACAGUGGCUCUAAUGUCUCGAUUAACUAUUGAUAACUGAUCAAUCUUUCAGUUUCUUUUGGGGAUGUUGUAUCAAUGAGUGUACAUUUAAUAUGUGUAAAUUAUGUUUUCAUUAUUUUAUAAAAAAUAUAUUAAAAUAUUUCAUAAUGAU